AUGUCAGCAGGUGUCAGCGGGUAUGUCAGCAGGUGUCAGCGGGUAUGUCAGCAGGUGUCAGCGGGUAUGUCAGCAGGUGUCAGCGAGUAUGUCAGCAGGUGUCAGCGGGUAUGUCAGCAGGUGUCAGCGGGUAUGUCAGCAGGUGUCAGCGGGUAUGUCAGCAGGUGUCAGCGGGUAUGUCAGCAGGUGUCAGCGGGUAUGUCAGCAGGUGUCAGCGGGUAUGUCAGCAGGUAUCAGCGGGUAUGUCAGCGGGUAUGUCAGCAGGUGUCAGCGGGUAUGUCAGCAGGUGUCAGCGGGUAUGUCAGCAGGUGUCAGCGGGUAUGUCAGCAGGUGUCAGCGGGUAUGUCAGCAGGUGUCAGCGGGUAUGUCAGCAGGUGUCAGCGGGUAUGUCAGCAGGUGUCAGCGGGUAUGUCAGCAGGUAUGUCAGGUGUCAGGGUAUGUCAGCAGGUGUCAGCGGGUAUGUCAGCAGGUGUCAGCGGGUAUGUCAGCAGGUGUCAGCGGGUAUGUCAGCAGGUGUCAGCGGGUAUGUCAGCAGGUGUCAGCGGGUAUGUCAGCAGGUGUCAGCGGGUAUGUCAGCAGGUGUCAGCGGGUAUGUCAGCAGGUGUCAGCGGUAUAACCGGAGCCGCAGACGCCCCCGGAGCCGCAGACGCCCCCCGGAGCCGCAGACGCCCCCCGGAGCCGCAGACGCCCCCGGAGCCGCAGACGCCCCCGGAGCCGCAGACGCCCCCCGGAGCCGCAGACGCCCCCGGAGCCGCAGACGCCCCCCGGAGCCGCAGACGCCCCCGGAGCCGCAGACGCCCCCCGGAGCCGCAGACGCCCCCCGGAGCCGCAGACGCCCCCGGAGCCACAGACGCCCCCCGGAGCCACAGACUCUCUUGGAGCCACAGACGCCCCCCGGAGCCGCAGACGCCCCCCGGAGCCGCAGACGCCCCCCGGAGCCGCAGACGCCCCCCGGAGCCGCAGACGCCCCCCGGAGCCGCAGACGCCCCCCGGAGCCGCAGACGCCCCCCGGAGCCGCAGACGCCCCCGGAGCCGCAGACGCCCCCGGAGCCACAGACGCCCCCCGGAGCCACAGACUCUCUUGGAGCCACAGACGCCCCCGGAGCCACAGACGCCCCCCGGAGCCGCAGACGCCCCCGGAGCCGCAGACGCCCCCCGGAGCCGCAGACGCCCCCCGGAGCCGCAGACGCCCCCCGGAGCCGCAGACGCCCCCCGGAGCCGCAGACGCCCCCCGGAGCCGCAGACGCCCCCGGAGCCACAGACGCCCCCGGAGCCACAGACUCCCCUGGAGCCACAGACGCCCCCGGAGCCACAGACGCCCCCGGAGCCACAGACGCCCCCGGAGCCACAGACGCCCCUGGAGCCACAGACGCCCCUGGAGCCACAGACACCCCUGGAGCCACAGACGCCCCCUGGAACCAUAGCACGCCUAGACACACCCAUCUGGGCACCACAGCGGUCCGGGCCUCUUUAACAUGGGCUGGCGUCGCCCGUAAGGGAGCGGGCGUGACCUUCACAAAGUACCUUACCAAAUCACACCCUAGAGAAGGGCACGGAGUCAAAGACCGUUCACAAAAAGCUUAA